AUGACGAAUGAGCAGAAACACGCCAACCAGGCAUUCAUUCUUUAUGGAAUCCAUUUGGAUUAUGGUGCAUGGAUUGGUUGGGAAUUGGGGCUGGGGAUUGGGCAAUGGCCGUACCUAGGGUGGGUGGGUCUGGGUAUCACUGACGUGAUAUACAUGCAUCAGAGAGGAGAGAAGGAAGAUUCAAUGGAUGCCAGGUCCAGCGCCGGAUUUGGUCUAGGCGGAUAUGCAGGCCAGAUGGCAAUCAAUCGAUCAGAGGAUUUCCUACGGAGGGCUCCGUAUGGAUGGACGUGUACAUGGUCUGUCUUGGCUGCCCGCUACACUUUGGGUCACGAUACCAAGACCGGACCGGGCCAGACCGGAACCAAUGGAAAGGGAGAGGGAAAGAACAUGGAUGGUGGAUUGGAUUUUGGUAUAAUUAGGUUUUCCUCUUUAAGCAAUUGUGUUGGUUCUCUUGUUGGCUGUCGAUAAGGGGAAUAAACAUGCCAGGAACGAGAUGACAAGAUAUGAUGGUAUGAUAGGAAUGUGUGAUGAUGCAUAUCGCACGUUUUAUCAUCCAGAUUCAAGGGCAUUGAGUGAGAAAGAUGACAACAGAGCAGGUAAUCAGACAUGGCGGAGCGAGGUUAAUAUACUCAAUCAAUAAAAGACACGGACGAAAGAAAAGGUAUGAGGAUGAAUGGAACCGUGCCAGGGUUGGAUCGGAUCGAAUAGAGGGGAAAGAGA